GCAGGACUUCACCCAGCACGGAGGAAAAACUGCCUGGUUUUUGUGAAUGAUCAUAGAUUGGAGAUCUCACCUGUUGCAUUUUUCAGGCUUGACAGGGGGUCUUGCUGCCCCUCUGGUUGCUGCUGGGGCUGCUACGAUCAUUGGAAGUGCUGGGGCAGCUGCCUUAGGUUCAACUGCUGGAAUUGCUGUCAUGGCAUCCCUUUUCGGAGCGGCUGGAGCGGGCCUAACUGGAUACAAGAUGAAGAAACGUGUGGGAGCCAUCGAGGAGUUUGAGUUUCUCCCGCUGACUGAAGGGAAGCAGCUUCACAUCACCAUAGCAAUUACUGGAUGGCUCUGCACUGGCAAAUACGGGAGCUUCACGGCGCCGUGGAGCAGCAUGUUGCAGUCACGCGAGCAGUACUGCCUGGCCUGGGAGUCCAAGUACCUGAUGGAGCUGGGCAACGCCUUCGAGUCCCUGCUGAAUGGGUUUGUCAACCUGAUGGCUCAAGAAGCCCUGAAAUUCACUGUCUUGUCAGGGAUUGUGACAGCCUUGACUUGGCCAGCGUCCCUGCUGACGGCUGCCAGUGUCAUUGACAACCCGUGGGGAGUGUGUCUGCACCGCUCCGCCGAGGUUGGCAAGCACCUGGCACACCUCCUGCUCAGCCGCCAGCAGGGCAAGCGACCUGUCACACUGAUUGGCUUCAGUCUGGGUGCAAGAGUCAUUUACUUCUGCCUGCAGGAGAUGGCUCGAGAAAAAGAUUCGCAAGGGAUCAUUGAAGAUGCGGUCUUACUGGGAGCUCCUGUGGAGGGAGAAGCCAAGUGCUGGAAAACCAUCACAAAAGUGGUGUCGGGCAGGAUCAUAAAUGGCUACUGCAGGGGGGACUGGCUGCUGGGCUUCGUGUACAGAACCUCCUCAGCGCAGCUCAACGUCGCCGGCCUCCAGCCCGUUGACUUGGAUGACAGGAGGAUGGUAAACAUGGACCUCUCAUCUGUAGUAAGUGACACUUCGUAUACUCUG